AUGUCACAAUACCAAGGUAGCAUUAUAUCCUUUUUGAAUACUCCUUUCACAGAUACACUAUCUCAAGAAGAUUUCAUUCAACUGUCAAGGAAAAAGAUUAAACAUAAGAGGAAAAAAACUAGUUGGAUAUGGACCCAUUUUAUUGAACUUACUAAUAAUAACGAAUCAUUUAUAAUCUGUCAAGUAUUAAAAGAAGAUGGAACAGCAUGUAAU